AUGGUGCGCACACCAUGUUGCAAGGCUGAAUUAGGGCUAAAGAAAGGAGCUUGGACUCCAGAGGAAGAUCAAAAGCUGACCUCUUACGUAAACCGUCACGGCGAAGGUGGAUGGCGAACUCUCCCGGAAAGAGCUGGACUCAAGAGAUGCGGCAAAAGCUGCAGACUCAGGUGGGCCAACUAUUUAAGACCUGACAUCAAAAGAGGAGAGUUCACUGAAGACGAAGAACUUUCUAUCAUCUCUCUUCACGCUCUUCACGGCAACAAAUGGUCUGCUAUAGCUCGUGGAUUACCGGGAAGAACAGAUAACGAGAUCAAGAACUACUGGAACACUCAUAUUAGAAAACGUUUGAUCAAGAAAGGUAUCGAUCCGGUUACACACAAGGGAUUGAUCUCCGGCAACGGCAAAUCAGAGAACCUCCCGGAGAUCCUGGAGAAACAAAACGUUACUCAGACAGUAACAAGUGAUGAUGAACUUGACAAAGAGAAGGCAAAGAAGAAUGCGAAGUCAGGAUUAUCAUCGGUUAGGUUCUUGAACAGAGUAGCUAAUAGCUUCGGAAAGAAAAUCAAUCAGAGUGUUUUGUCUGAGAUUAUCGGAAGUAGUGGCCCACAGAUUACUACUAGUAACACUACUACCACUACAAGUGUUUCCAUUGACUCGGAAUCAGAUAAGUCAACGAGCUCUUCCUUCACACCAACCUCGAACCUUCUCAACCAGAAGUACGUUGCAACAACUCCUGUUUCAUCGAUCUUUGACGUUGGCGGUAACGGUAACGUGAAUCCGACGUCGUCUUCGUCCACGUUCUCUGAUUCCUCUGUUAACGAUCCUCUAAUGUACUUUGAUAAUUUCAUUGGUAAUAACAUUGGUGAUGAGGAUACAAUCGGAUUCUCGGGAUAUCUGAAUGAUGAAGAUUUUAUGAUGUUGGAGGAGUCUUGUGUUGAGAACAGUGUGUUCAUGAAAGAACUUACGAGGUUUCUUCAGGAGGAUGAAAACAACGUCGUUGAGGUCACGCCGGUCUAUGAACGUCAAGACACUUUUGAAGAGAUUGAAAACUACUUUGGAUGA